AUGCUGGAGGUAGCGCUGGUGGCGAUACUGGAGGCGAUACUGGUGGCAAGGCAAUGCUGGAGGCGAUACUGGCAAUGCUGGAGGCGAUACUGGUGGCAAGGCAAUGCUGGAGGCAGCGCUGGUGGCGAUACUGGUGGCGAUACUGGUGGCAAGGCAAUGCUGGAGGCGAUACUGGUGGCAAGGCAAAGCUGGAGGCAGCGCUGGUGGCGAUACUGGUGGCAAGGCAAUGCUGGAAGCGAUACUGGUAGCGAUACUGGUAGCGAUAUUAGUGGCGAUACUGAUGGCAAGGCAAUAUUAAUAAUAGUAUAA